AUGUAUACAAAUGGCGCACUCCAUGUAUACAUUGAUGAAAUUUCCCCAAUCCAUAAGCGAUUCAAAACUCCUCAAGAAGAUUUAAUCAACGAAAAAGCUAUCAAUAAGGUCCCAAAUCAGCAUGUAAAAAUCGAAGCAGACAAAAUAAUAUGGGAAUUAGGGAAAAUCCGGUAUGUUUUAAAAAUCAGUAAGUUUAUGAUUGAAGGAUUUUAUGGAAAAGAUCUCACAAUCAUCGCGAAUAAAAAUUCUUUCAUGAAUUUUGAGAGAUACCGAAAUAAGAAUGUGGAUUUAAAGCCGAAAAAUCAAUCAAAAGAUAUGCUAUUUGAAUUAAAGAAACAUUACAGUAAUUUUCGGAAAAUUUGCAAUAAUAGCUAAUAUAUUAUUUAUAAAAGAAAUUAGGAUUGCUAUCAAUGUUUUAGAAAAGAUUAUAAGCAAGCCUAUAAAGAUUUUAGAUGCCACAGGCGCAUACAUUGAGAAAAAUGGAAAUCUAGAGACUCAGCCAAACCUUUGAAACGAAAAUUUCAAACAAUUUAAUGAUAAAAAGCAAUUCGGGCCUAGUAGUAUUGCUUUAGAUUUUACAUUUGUAAAUUCAACUCAUAUUUUUGGGAUUCCUGAGCAUGCUGACUCUUUAGCAUUGAAAGAUACAGUAAAAUCGGAGCCCUAUCGAUUAUAUAACUUAGAUGUAUUUGAGUAUGAGUUAAAUGAAAGAAUGGCAUUAUAUGGGUCAAUUCCUUUUAUUUUAUCAAGAACAAUUAAAAAAUUUUCAAGUGGGGUGUUUUGGUCAAAUCCUUCGGAAACUUAUAUAGAUAUUAAUAGCCAAAAUAAUGAUAAAAUUACCCACUGAAUUUCAGAAGCAGGAGUAUUAGAAUUUUAUUUAUUCCAAGACGAGUCACCUUUAAAGAUUAUUGAGUCCUUUACACUCUUAACUGGGCCUCCCCAGCUUCCUCCACUGUUUUCACUAGGCUAUCACCAAAGCCGCUGAAACUAUAACUCAGAAAAAGAUCUCUUAGAUGUAGCAGAUGGUUUCAAUAAGUAUCAAAUCCCUGUUGAUGUUUUUUGGCUUGAUAUUGAGCAUACCCCAGAGCGAACUUACUUCAAAUGAGAUUACAGAAACUUUCCAACUCCAACAGAAAUGCAAAAAAAGCUUGAAAGCAUGAACAAAAAACUAGUAACCAUUGUAGACCCACAUAUGAAAAGAAGUGACAGCUAUUUCGUCCACAAAGAAAUGCAAAGCAAAGGCUACUACGUAAAAACUGAUAGAGGCUAAGGCAUAAUAAUAAAAUGGCCUCGGAUAAACAUAUGAUUCACUCCGUAAAUUCCUUUUAUCUCGCCCAGCUUUUAUACAUAUUUUGGCAUUCGGUAAACACCCCUUUUUAAGUUUAAUCACAAAAAGGUGAAUGCACUGACCAUAAAUUAGACUGUAUAUUAUUAUAGAGCCAGUUUUUAUAUGUGGACUUUCCAUAAGAGAUGAAAAUUGCGAGAAUUUUAUACUUCGCCCACCUUUGUGCAUCGUGUUUAUCUCCUUCCACUAUUAAUAUAAAAGACAAGGCCUUAGGCCCAACAGAUGUUUGGAGGAAAGUCAGCGAGGCAAAGUGUCGAACCUCUAGUAUUUUCUGCAUUUCUGGGUUCCCAAAUAGCUUCACAGGGACUAGAAGGGAGCGAGUCGAACUGCGAGAUCUGACAUGAGUUAAGAGUAGCGACGAUAUGGUGUUUCACCCAACCUCCGCAACUAGAGACUUAACGAAAAGUUAGUUAGAUUAAAUUAAUUAUUGAUUUAUUGAUAAAGGCUAUGACUUUGAAGGACAUUGCUGGCCUGGCUCUUCAUCAUGGCCAGAUUUUACUAGGCCAGAGGUUAGGGAUUAUUGGAGCUCCCUAUUUGAUUUUUCUAAAUAUAAAGAUUCGACUGAAAUUUUGUUUGUGUGGAAUGAUAUGAAUGAGCCUUCUGUAUUUUCAGGGCCUGAAAUCACCAUGCCCAAAGAUAAUUUCCAUGGAAACUAUGAGCAUAGAGAAGUUCAUAAUAUUUAUGGCCUUUACAUGCAAAGAGCUACUAGCGAAGGGCUGGUUAAAAGACGAUUGGGAGGCUAUAGACCUUUUGUGCUUUCUAGAGCAUUUUACGCAGGAGUGCAGAAAUAUGGAGCUAUAUGAACUGGAGAUAAUAAUUCUAAGUGGAGCCAUUUGGAAUAUUCUAUGCCAAUGUGCUUAAGUAUUGCUGUAGCUGGGCUAAGCUUUUGCGGAGCUGAUGUCGGAGGGUUUUUUGGAAAUCCUGAUACCAAUUUGUUAGUUAGAUGGUAUCAGCUCGGAGCUUAUAUGCCAUUUUUUAGAGGGCAUUCUCAUAUAGAAACUCGAAGAAGAGAACCAUGGCUGUAUAAUGAACCUUAUUUAUCACAAAUUAGGCAAGCCAUAAAUGAGCGAUAUUCUUUAUUGCCUUAUUGGUAUACUUUAUUUUAUAUAUAUCAUAUAAAAGGGACGGGUUCAGACCCAAUGAUUGUGCACUUUUAAUAGUUAUUAUUUCAUAAGAAAAUUUGGUCGAAAAUUUUUAAAUAGUGUAUCAUUUGUUGAAAUUUAACGGUUUUUUCGGCCAAAUGUCUCACUAUCAAAAAUGAUUCGAAUAAAAUUUUCCCUAGGAGAUGUCGCACUAUCAAAAAAAUGGUCAUUUGGCAUGGAGUCAAAAGGGACACCUAUAAUUAGGCCAAUGUUUGUUGAAUAUCCAAAUGAUAAUAUAGCAGCAGACUUAGAUAAGCAGUUCCAUGUAGGGCCUGGCCUACUUGUUGCUGGCAUUACAAUGCCAAAUCAACAAGAAAUUCCAAUUUAUUUGCCAGAGGCUAUAUGGUAUGAUUACCACACUUUUCAAAAAAUAAAUGAAAAUGGAGCUAUUAGCUAUAAAACUAAUGAGAACUGGGUUCCUGUAUUUAUUAAAGGCGGAAAUGUCAUAAUAAGAUAUGAAAAAGCCAAAAUGAGCACAAGUGAUAUGAAAUCAGAUCCAAUAAGUAUCAUAAUAGUUUUGAAUAAAGAAAAGAAGGCAAAAGGAAUGAUUUAUAGCUUAGGCACACAUUUGCGCGCUCUCACAGCUUUUAGGAAGCAGAAAUCAAGCCUGCUGACUUUUAUACUCCAUUCUGACGAGAAAAACUGGAUUUGGUAAUACCAUACGAUUAUGGCUUUAUUUGUCAAAUCAAGCUUGGGUAGAUAAAAAUGAUCGUAAAAGCCAACAAGCUUGGUGUCAGCUCCUAGCAAGCUCUAAUGGAAUGCUAGAUGCGCACCAAGCUAUAUUUAGAUGAUACAGAAACAUUUAAGUACCAAUCGGGGGAAUUUGUUUAUGCUGAAAUUGAAUUUAAGGAAAAUUCUAUUAGAUAUAAGAUACUAAAUCAGAUGAAUGCGAAUAUUAGUGUAGGAAAAAUAACUGUGCUUGGACUUGAUUUUGUACCAAAAGUAGUUGCUCUAGAAAAUUCAAGUGAACUAUUUACACUAGGAUACUAUGUGAAAGAAGAAAGUUUGAUAAUAAGUGAAGUUCCUGCUAAAAUUUCUGAAGAAUGGACUAUCUAUCUAAGUUAA